CGGUAAUAUGCAAUGUAACCUACCGAGGGGUUAUAAUGGCGGCACGAGGCCGGCCGCACCCCGUUAUCUCAUGAACGAGUCGAUUUAGUCGAUCCCGCUUUGCGAACGGGCUUCACGAGUUGUCCGACAAUUCUUCACAUCUGCGACACACGCGUUUAAAGAGAACCAGGAGAGACGAUGUCCUGGCCGUUCCAGGCGAGCGCGAGCGGCCUCUUCGCCGGCUACGACUCCAGGAGGUCGAACAAGACGUCUCAGGACAAUUUGGACGAUUCAUUGAGCAAUGAGGGUGGUAAGCGUUGGGUGCACAACAGCGACAGCGACCGGCUCGGCGUAGGCCAGUUCCCGUGGUUUGGCGACCAACAAGAGGCGUCCGUCAGGAACCCCAUGACGCCUAAACAGGUGAAGAUACGCUUGUCAAAGCCCGGGAGCCGGUUCACUGGCCUGUCCGACUCUUCGAUUGAUGAAUCGCGGGAAGAAGCGAGCCAGAAAGGCGAAUCGUCUCGCAACGUGGUCCAAGCACUCAAGGAAAUAUGGAGGAAGCGUGCUUCCGGGCGGGUCGAUGAAAGUGAAGAUUCGUUCAAAAGGAGCAAAUCAGAGCAUCAUCACAACCUUUAUAUGUCUCAACUUGAGAACGACAGUUUCAUCGAUGCUGAUCAGAAUAGGAGCGGUAAUGAAAGAAAUACAAAUAACAGAGAGGAUGUACCGAAUGGGGAGGAGAAUCGCAACGGUAAGAGGUCGCGUUUACCGAACGACACAGCCGGUCCUCAGCCAAAACGUAGGAACAACGAAAUACUCAGCUCGCUCAGCUCAAGCGUCGGUCUGCUCGGGCUUUACCACCUCGUCCCCGUCCGUCGCAAACGUGUGAAGAUGAGCAGAAAGAGAGAAAAGAGUAUGGAUAAGGUCAAGGAGGAGAUGCGAGUGAAGAUGACGGACACAAUGGAAGACAAGUGCAUUGGUACGGAUAAAGUUGAAGAUAUUCCGAAACCGGCUCCUGUCCAGGCGAAAGUCAUCGUCCAACCUCCUGCUGUACCCCCUCAAGAAGAAACCUACAGGAGACGCUCUCCUAUUAGAGAAAGGAAUGUGACCGAUGCAGCGGCGAAGACCAUUUUGUUGUCGGCGCUGAGUAAGUUUGCACAUGUUUAUCCAGAAAUGACGCCAGUUCCGAAGCCAGGGCUGAUGGGUCCGGAAGAACCGCCAUCGGCUGCGCCACCGCCAAAGCAGGAGUCACCAGGCUUGUCUGGAUUCCAGCUCAGCACAAUUGCCCAGCUCGCCAAGAAAGCCGAACAGACAAGUAUGAAACCGUCUGACUCUACAACGCCAUUUGCCAUUUCCACCAGUGCUGCCAGUUCUUCGUUUUCAUUUAUGGCGACCUCAGCUGCAACAUCUGCCUCCAAGCCUGAGGUAAAUUUAAACUUCAUCAAACCUCCGGAGCCGAGUAAAUUUAAAGAUGAUUCGACCAAGACAGUCACGCCAAUGUCUCCUACAACGCCGGUUGAUGUCAGCAAGUUCAAUUUAACACCGACGAGUUCGACUUCAACAACGCAAGUCGCUCCUGUCGGAUUUUCAUUUGGUACGACGACUUCUUCGGAUUCUACACCAAAAAUGUCGAGUUUUGUUUUCGGUGCUAAGGAAGACAAGGAAACAAAAGAGCCGGAGAAAAAAGAAGCACCUAAAUUGAUUGGAAUCACUGCUCCAGUGCAGAAAGAUCCUGUAGAAACACCAAAGUUUGUUUUUUCAUCAACUACAACAGAAGCACCGAAAUUUGGUGCAACCAUGGCAAUGACAAAGUCGAUUUUUACUGCUACCCAGUCAAAUUCAUUCACAAGUCCAGCCGUGGAGAAAAUUCCGGAAAAAGAACCUGAUAAAACAUCUUUUUCCACAGCAGGUGGUUUUACAUUUAACAAGAGUACAACACUGGCCGUGCCAAAUUUUCCAUUCGGCAGUGGUAAAACAGACAAGCCGCAGUUUCAGUUUGGUACUACAAGUACGAAGCCUGGAGAAUCAGGAGGUUUUGGUAAUCUAUUUUCUGCGACAACAUCCAGUUCUUCUCUUUUCAAUGCUACCCCAACGACCACGACGACGGGUCAGUCUUUCACCCAGCCCUCUUCGAGUUUCAACUUCAGCGCACAGAAGCCUGAAGAGAAAGGCGGCUUCAAGUUUCAGUUCGGAAAACCUUCAGAGCCAGCUAAGUCAACGGCUUUCAAUUUCACAGCAGCGUCGACAUCCUCGUUCAGCAGCACACCGUCAGCCCCCACAGCGACUUUCGGCACAGCAGCUGCGACGCCGUCAACGACUGUGUCUACAUUUAACAGUAGUAUGUUCACACCGAGCUUCAGCACGCCAGGGACAUCAACAACGGGGGCAUUCGGAUCGACUUCGAUGCCUACUUUCGGUGCGGCGCAGCCAGCCUCUUCAGCCCCGCAGUUUGGUACUACGCAAACGGCGCCAACAUUUGGAACUCCGACGUCCAAUUUUGCGACACAGAGUUUUGGCUCAUCAUUCAACCAGUCAACGCCGUUCACAUUCGGUGCCCAGUCAACGCCCAAGCCUGCUUUCAACUUCACGGCGAGCACGCCACAACAGCCCCAACAACCUCCCGGUAUGUUCCAGUUUGGCGCGCAACAGAACCAGACGACUAACGCUGCUCAACCAUUCUCGUUUAACGCUGGAGGUUUUAGCUUUCCUACUGGAGGAUUUGUACCGGGUGUUGGAGGGCAAAUGUUCAACAUGGGAAGUGGUAGCGUGACAGCAAGGAGCCGUCACAUGCGCAAUCGUAAGAAAACAUUCACCAGGUGAAAUACCAGCGCUAAGGUGAGAUCGUAGAGGACGUUGUAAAAAGUAACAAAAUCCAAUUUGUAUUUAUUUUUUGUUUUUCCUAUGCUGGACUUUGUUUUCAAGGGUUGCACUUAAUAAGCGUCAACAUUGAAUUUUUUUAAAAAUAUAUAUAAGUUUUUUUUCUCAC